AUGAAUGGAGACACGAGCAACGGGUCCAGAUAUGUGUCCACCUUCAAGAUGCACUUCAAGACUCCAGAAGUGAGCAACAAAACUGGGAUUAAAGCCACACUAAGGAGCAAUAAUGUGGCAAAAUCAGGCAGUUAUGUUGUGGGGGCUCUUGAGGCACCGGUUUUCUGUCGCCCCCUAGAGGACGUCUGUGUGAACGAAGGUGCGGACUUCACCCUGAGCGGGACGGUCAGAGGGAGCCAGCCCAUACGAGUGUCCUGGAUCCACAAUGGGACAGCCGCUCGGUUCGGUCGGUCGUCGGUGGAGGGGGCAGAGGUGCGGUUCACGGUGCAGGAGUGUUUGCCAGAGGACGCUGGAGCUUACACCUGUCUGGCUGAGAACAGUUCAGGGAAGACCUCGUCCUGCACCGCGGUCUACGUCAGAGACUUUGAAACCAUCUGCAGCUCGAAAAAACAGCCCUCAUACUCUUUCACUUCUCCGACCAAGUGCAUGCUGGGAAAUGGAGUCUCCCCGUCCUCUUCCAUAGACUCGCUGCCGUGCUUUUCACCGACCGGAUCAGAAACACCGAGUCCAGUGACGUCUCCCAGAGAAGUCGUCCCAAAGAAGCGAGCCAACUCCGGCACAGUGGUGCUUCUGCGAUUGGAGAACCCUCCGCAGCCUGUGGAGGUGAAGGCGGGGGAGCAGGCCCGGCUCACCUGCAGGUUCGUGGGCAGCCCUCCCAUCGUAUCCUGCUGGAUCAGAAACAAAGAACAGAUCGUGGAGGACUCGCAGCAUCGGUUGGAGAACUCUGACAGCAGCAGUAGUUUGGUGAUCGCAGAGGCUCAGACGCAGCACAGCGGCAGAUACACAAUCGUAGUGAGAGACCGACACAGCUCUGCUCAGCAAACACUCACUCUCUCCGUCAUUGAAAGACCUGAGCCGCCGGCCUCUGGUCCCGUGGUCUCUGUGGUCUCUGGCUGCUCCCUGGUCCUGUCCUGGUCUGGACCCUGUUACGACGGAGGCAGCGUGGUCCUGGGAUACGUGGUCGAGGUGAAGGAGGGUAACAGCGCUCACUGGACUGAACUCAGCCACAACUGCACCAGCACGUCCUACCGGGUGAGCUCCGGGAUCCAGCCCCAGAAGCAGUACACUUUUCGGGUAAAGGCUUUCAACGCAGCGGGAGUCAGUGAACCAGGGCCGGAGUCCACGCCGCUCAACAUGGACCAGAAAGAAUCCAUUAAACCUCAGUCAGAAGCAGCCCCUGCAGCUUACAGUGCGAUCACCAUCGACUCCACGCACAAAGUGACCGAUCACUACAUCCUGCAGGAGAAGCUGGGAGUCGGUAAGUUUGGACACGUGUACAAGCUGACGCACAAGGAGAGCGGGCGAGUCUGUGCCGGUAAAUUUUACAAAGGCAGAAGAUCAAAGGAAAGAGAAGCGGCGAAGCACGAGAUCGAGCUGAUGAACUUCCUGCAUCAUCCCAAACUAGUGCAGUGUCUGGGGGCCUACGACCACCGCCCAGAGAUGGUCAUGGUCAUGGAGUAUAUCGCUGCAGGGGAGUUGUUUGAGAGGAUCGUGGACGACAGCUUCGAGCACACAGAGACCACCAGUGUGCGCUACAUGCAGCAGAUCCUGGAGGGCGUGGGCUUCCUGCAUCAGCAGAACAUCCUCCACCUGGACCUGAAGCCCGAGAACAUCGUGUGUGUGGACAAAGGCGGCACCGACAUCAAGAUCAUCGACUUCGGGUUUGCCAGCCGCCUGGACAAGAGCGUUCCUCUCAAAGUGAUGCAGGGGACGCCUGAGUUUGUGGCUCCUGAAGUCAUCAACUAUGAACCAGUGAGUCCAGCCACCGACAUGUGGAGCAUCGGAGUCAUCUGCUACAUUCUUUUGAGUGGCGAGUCUCCGUUCCAGGGCAGCAGUGACGCAGAGACCCUCGCUCUGGUCACUGCUGCUCAGUACGAGUUUGACGAGGAAAGUUUUGAAGAAAUCACUGAAGAGGCCAAGAACUUCAUCAGCUCCCUGCUCAACAAGGCGCCUCGACGCAGACUGUCAUGUGCAGAGGCGCUGGCCCACCACUGGAUGGCAGCGUUUGACUCUGAAGACACAGCCUCCUCCAGGAGUCUGUCCAAAGAGAAGAUGAAGAGGUUUUUAGCCCGACAGAAAUGGAAGAAGGCCGGUAAAGCCAUGCUGGCACUGAAGAGGAUGGCUCUGCUUUCAAAGAGCGACAGUUCCGCAUCCACCAGCCCCGCGGACGAGCCUCCAAUGUCCCCUGAAGCGGAGCAUGCCCUGCAGACUCUGGAGAGAAAGCUCCAGGGGCCUCCUCGCUUCACUGAGUUCCUCCAGGACCAGAGCACCUCCCUGGGCUCCAGCGCUCGCCUCUCCUGCCACCUCAGCGGUUUCCCGGACCCGGAGGUGCUGUGGCUGCGUGGGGAGGAGGCCGUGGAGGAGUCUGCCUCGGUGGAGAUCGAGUACGAGGAGAGCGGCCGCUGCUCUCUGGUUCUUUCCAAAGUCUCUGCAGACGACGCUGCUGUGUUCACCUGCAGAGCCACCAACGACCACGGGGAGGCAGUGUGCUCCGCUCGGCUCUCUGUCCAGCCACAACAAUGA